UUAACCUACCCUCCACGAGUUCGAGAGCGAGCAACUUACGCCGACCGAACGGACCAAACCGCUUACCUGAUCCCCAAAAAAAAAUUAACAGAAAGAUAUUCAAUUUAGUCGGAAUCAGUUUAAUCCAAUGGGAAAUGGGAUGGGAGGAGCCAACAGCCCCAAUCUGGCCAAUGAUUGGGCCCCUGUUAACUACGCUGACGAUACCAUGGCAACCGUUUAGUUUUGCUGGCUAGUCCACAGCUGACACUCGCAACACUCGAUCCGUACGAACACGAGCUUUUGUUUUGAUCGACUAUAUACCACGAGUCCCCUUGAGCAUGUCGUUAUAGUGUAAAGUUUUCUUGAUAAUCAAUCACGCGUUUUCUUUGAACAAGAACAAUGUCCGAUCACGAGAUGACCGAGGAAGACCACGAGAUAAACAUUUUAGAUACAGACUCUCGCCUGUCGCAUAGUGAUAGUGAUGUAAGAAGCCACUGUAGCAGUCCGGAUAACGAGACCUCCUCGCACACCUCAACCAAAAGCUCUCUGCCUUUUAGUAUCUCGAAUUUGUUAGGGAAAAAUUUCGGAAGUAAAUCGGACGAUCACGAUUCCGGGGGGACGUUGUACCAGCAUCCCGCGGGGUUGUUUCAGCCUAGAAGUGCACUGGGGGGGCUGAUGCCCUCCGGGUUUUAUGGACAAGGUGUUUUACGGGUUCCGGCACACAGACCCCUCGGGGGUCCAGGAAGUCCUCCCGGUACGACCGUGUUUAACCCGUGGACUUUGAGUUUGGAUCCGGUUCUGCAGAGAUCGGCAGCGGCGGCGGCGUUUGCUUCGCAGGUAGUGAAAGAUAGAUUAGCCGCUUCCUUUCCGAUGACAAGAAGGAUAGGUCAUCCCUACCAAAACAGGACACCACCGAAACGAAAGAAGCCCAGAACCUCUUUCACGAGGUUACAAAUAGCCGAGUUGGAAAAAAGGUUUCACAAACAAAAGUACCUGGCAUCAGCAGAAAGAGCGGCCCUAGCGAAAACCUUGAAGAUGACCGACGCGCAGGUCAAAACGUGGUUCCAGAACAGACGAACGAAAUGGAGACGUCAAACAGCAGAAGAGCGUGAAGCCGAGCGACAAGCAGCCAACAGACUGAUGCUCACCCUACAGGCGGAAGCUCUGAGUAAAGGUUACAUGAGCGAAGCGCCCCCUACAGCCGCCGGGCCUACAGACACAGCGCUCAGCGCGCUACAGAACCUACAGCCGUGGGCGGGGCCCUAUAACACCCCUCAACCCGCCCUGGCUGAAUCUAUGUGUUAAACGGGCUGUGGAUAUUGUGUACAGUGAGAGGUUAUAAGAGUUAUGCAGGUUUUGUAUAUGUUACGUGUAAAUAGAUGUUUUGUAAAAAUUUUUCUCGUCUUAGAUAUAUAUGCGCCUGAUGUAAAUAUUGUAGCUAAGUUUUUCUUAUAGCUGUGCUGUUAAAGAUUUUUUUUUUUGUAACAUGUUAGGUUUAUUUGUUAGUAAGGCACAGAUUGGGACCUUUUUUAACUAAAGCUCAACGUUAAAAGCUGUUUUAUGAAUAUAUGGUGCACACGACUUAUGGGAUGCUGGGAACUUUAUGCUGAAGGCGGAUUAGAAAUGAAAUAGUACGGAAGUGAAGUCUUAAGGGUUUUUAAUUUUAAUAAUAUUUUCGAAAGAAAUUUCCAAAUUUUAAAAACCUUUCUUUAUUUUAUCUUUUUUUUUCUUUAUUUUUCUUUUCUUUAUUUUAUCCAAAUAGUAGUUGUUAUAGCAUUUAGCUUCACAGUAGUGGUUUAUGACAGUAAUGGUAUUUUUUAGUAUAGACAGUUAUUCUGCAAGCGUUGGGAGGGUCAAACAGAUCAAAUUAAUAUUUUUGAUAGAAAAGUCUCUCAUUUUCCAUAGGAAAAAAUUAAUAGUUCUUAAACAAACUUUGGAAAAAUUUCAAACGUUUACAAAAAUUGACAGACAAAAUAGGGCAAGAAAAAUUAACAAAUUAUAUUUUCAUAAGAAUUUUAAUAAAGGUAUUUUUUUCCAAAGAAAACACUGAAGAAAUUAGUAAUUCUUGUAACGUAUUUAUAAAUUUACCCAAAUUAACAUUUAACAAAUAUUUCCGAUAUAAAAGUUAAUAGAAACUAAGCACAAGAGCCUGGACAAAAAUAUUUAUUUCCAUAAUCUGAGUAAAUCGUAGUUGUUAAACAUUUGAAAAUUUGGAAAACGUAUUAAAAUUUACCAGAAUCGACUUUUUAUAGACUUUCUACAAAUAUUUUUAAUGGGACAGUCAAUAAAAAAUACACAAAACUAUAGUUUUCUGAUGAGUCUUGACAAAAGUCAUAAUCAAAGUCAUUCCUUCAAGUCAAUCAAGGAAAUCAAUGGAAAACUAAUUGGAAAAUUUAUAUAAAGAAAAUUUAUAAGCCUUCCUUGAGACUUGCAGUUUCGAUCUUUAGGUUGCCAUUUUCUGUUUUUUUUUUGUUUCUUCUCUCUUUUUAUUUUAAUAUUAUAGAAAACAUUAGUUUUUGUAGGCAAGCCUGAGAAAAAAAUAAGUAAUUUAUAUAAAAAGUUACUUACUUA